GUACCAUGCACUACACAUUUCCUCGAACGACCAGAGAGCCGUGAUUCGAAAGUAUAAAAGAGCACCGUGAAAGCCUGUUUCACACUCAUCGGCACUUUCACUCUUCUAUGAGCAGGUUGGCGCUCUCUAAUUGUUGGCUGGUUGCGAGUUUGUGUCUUUGCUGCGAGUGGACUUCGUGAAUUCUGAAACAGGAGAAUUGAAGAUGGAACCGAAUGUUUGUACGAUGAGGACCGCGGUCUGCGUUCUUCUUUUGCAUGUGUUUGCAGCUGUGGCCUACCCGGUGGAUUCAUCUGAUUGGCAUUCGGGUUACUCGGAAGCAAGCUCGCAUGGGUCAUCCGAUGUUCUACAAUCAUCGACAAAUCAAGACACAAUUGAGAUUGCAUUCGAGGACACAGCGUUUGAGGAACCUUGGAACAUUAGCAAUAGCUCCGAGAUGGUUGCCAUGGAGCUCAUUCUGUUGGAGAACGAGAGCGCCCCCAACGAAAUCAAGCAUUGGCUCGUAGAGGGAGACAUUAUGACUGUUCAUACCCACCAUGGAAACACGCAAGCAUCGCACGACGUUAACAAGAGAAAUGCUCUCCGAGACCGUUCAAAACGUUGGCCCCAAGGCGUGGUCCCGUACACCAUCGACGACUCUUACGAUGCUACUUCACGGGGGAAGAUUGUAGCCACCUUCAAGAUCUUCCACAGGAAUUCUUGCAUCCGGUUCGUCAGCCGGACAAACGAAACAGACUACAUUCACAUCCUACCAAAAGACGGGUGCUGGUCUUACGUUGGUCGUAGUGGCGGCUCCCAGGAGCUCUCCCUUAACGAGACGUGUCUGUCCAAUCAAGGCACCAUCGCGCACGAGCUCAUGCAUGCUCUAGGCUUCGGACACGAGCACAAUCGGCCUGAUCGGGACGAGUUUGUUACCAUCCACUGGGACAAUAUCAAGUCGGGAGAAAGGCACAACUUCCAAAAAUACGACCAGUCUACCCUAGACCACCUGAACACAACCUACGACUUUCGCUCAGUCAUGCACUUCAACAAGAAGGCCUUCAGCAAAAACGAUGAACCGACGAUUGUGCCCGAUCCAACGGACGAAAUCAUCGGCAACAGGGAGGGCCUCAGCGCCACCGAUAAGCUGGAGCUAAGUCGGUAUUACAAUUGUUCUUGCCAAGAUAUGGAUUCCAGGUGUCGCCAGUGGGCUCGUUCAGGCAGCUGUGAGACCAACAGAUCCUACAUGUUCACAUACUGCCAGAUGAGCUGCAGGAUCUGUGGACCAGGUUCAGGUAGGAGGUGCAUGGAUAAGAGUGAUUAUUGCAGCCUGUGGAAGGAUCAAGGUCACUGCGAGACGACUAGAUCCAUGAGGCGUGAAUGUAAGCGUACCUGCGGCUUUUGUACCUCAAGACGACAGGAGUGAGGCAUCGACGAUACAAGGUGCUGGUUCGAUUGUUGAGCGCCCUCAGUGGACGAUUUAUUGGCAGGGAUGAGCUGUGAGUGGUUGCUAAGCGGUAUCCAAACCUCGGCUUGUCUCCGGCUUUGGUUACGAGCAUCAACUCAAGAUCUGAGUCCUCUGAGCCGAAACCUUACGAUUUAGUGUAGCUUUUUUUCUGUUUAUACAGAAACACUAAAUCGUCUAAAUCAUGAUUCCAAAAGUUUGGAGACUAACUUUUUAUUUCGUUGCCGCAGCCCGAAAUGAAGUCAGACCAUAACAAAGCCGAGAUUAGAAAACUAGUCUCAUUGCAAGUCGUUUUAAAUCAGUGCCCCAAAGACCGUCCUAUUAUAAUAUAAACCAGUGAAUUUUGAGCAUCUUUGAGACACAAUGGUUGUGAUGGAUGUUUGCAUAUUUAUUUAAAUCUUUAAAUAUAUUUGUAAUAUAGUAUUUUUAGAUAUUAUAUAUAAGUGGUUUAUCUCAGUAAGCUUGAUUUAUUACAGUUAUUAGACAGUUAUUAGACAGUUCAAAUAGCAGGUUAUUACCUCGCGAAGUUUACAUUUAAAAAAUGCCUCAAUGUUCUUCUAUGUCAUUAAGAAUCUUUAGUAUUUAUUGCAUUUUAAGAGGAUAAUCAAACAAAUAGUACUGUUGCUUUAUAUUUAUUGAUAUCUGAGUUAUCCAUAAUGUCUUACAAAAAUAAAGGCCCUUUUAAUACUGA